AUGAGGUUCACCAGUGUCGCUUGCUUGACUCUCGCCGGUUUUGCCGCCGCCCAGGACAUCUCUUCCAUCAUUAGCAGCAUCGAGAGCGCCGCCACCAGCGUGAUCCAGUCCGUCACCAGCGUCAUCGGAACCGCGACCGAAACUACCCUUACUGGAACCGGAACCGAAACCACCCUGACCGAAACCGGAACCGAAACUACCCCCACUGGAACCGUCGUCACCGAGACCCCAACCGGCACCACCACUAUCAAGACCAGCCCCACUGGCACCGCUGGAGGAGCCGCGACCACCACUACCCGCAGAACCACCACGACCACCUCCAACCCUGGUUCUUACCAGACCGCUGCUGUCGGUCUUGGUGCUCUGUUCGGUGGUGCUGCCAUCAUGGUUAACCUCUAA